GAGCCGGGCCCGGCUGGCCGAACCCGGGGAAUGCGAGCGCCAGCCCCCGCCCCAGGCCAGUCCCAGCUGGAUCUCCGGCCAGAACCCGAGGCCGCUACGCCGGGCGGCUGCAGCCUCCGCUCCAGCUCCCGCGCCGUGCCCUGCAUCCCGGGAACCCGGCUGGACCCGCGGUGGCGCGGCCGGUGUUCCCCCUUCCCUCCCUGAGGCAGCAACCACCAUGUUCUCGUGCGUGAAGCCCUAUGAGGACCAGAACUACUCGGCCCUGAGGCGGGACUGCCUGCGCAGGAAGGUGCUCUUCGAGGACCCCCUCUUCCCUGCCACUGACGACUCGCUCUACUAUAAGGGCACGCCAGGGCCCACUGUCAGGUGGAAGCGGCCCAAGGACAUUUGCGAGGACCCCCGCCUCUUUGUGGAUGGCAUCAGCUCCCACGACCUGCACCAGGGCCAGGUGGGCAACUGCUGGUUUGUGGCAGCCUGCUCGUCACUUGCCUCUCGGGAGUCGCUGUGGCAAAAGGUCAUCCCAGACUGGAAAGAGCAGGAAUGGGACCCUGAAAAGCCCAACGCCUACGCGGGCAUCUUCCACUUCCACUUCUGGCGCUUCGGGGAAUGGGUGGACGUGGUCAUCGAUGACCGGCUGCCCACAGUCAACAACCAGCUCAUCUACUGCCACUCCAACUCCCGCAAUGAGUUCUGGUGUGCCCUGGUGGAGAAGGCCUAUGCCAAGCUGGCAGGCUGCUACCAGGCCCUGGAUGGAGGCAACACAGCAGACGCACUGGUGGACUUCACGGGUGGUGUUUCUGAGCCCAUCGACCUGACCGAGGGUGACUUUGCCAGCGAUGAGACUAAGAGGAACCAGCUCUUUGAGCGCAUGUUAAAAGUGCACAGCCGGGGCGGCCUCAUCAGUGCCUCCAUCAAGGCAGUGACAGCAGCUGACAUGGAGGCCCGCCUGGCGUGCGGCCUGGUAAAGGGCCAUGCGUAUGCCGUCACUGAUGUGCGCAAGGUGCGCCUGGGCCACGGCCUACUGGCCUUCUUCAAGUCAGAGAAGUUGGACAUGAUCCGCCUACGCAACCCCUGGGGCGAGCGGGAGUGGAACGGGCCCUGGAGUGACACCUCGGAGGAGUGGCAGAAAGUGAGCAAGAGUGAGCGGGAGAAGAUGGGCGUGACGGUGCAGGACGACGGUGAGUUCUGGAUGACCUUCGAGGACGUGUGCCGGUACUUCACGGACAUCAUCAAGUGCCGCCUGAUCAACACAUCCUACCUGAGCAUCCACAAGACGUGGGAGGAGGCCCGGCUGCAUGGCGCCUGGACACUGCACGAGGACCCGCGACAGAACCGCAGUGGCGGCUGCAUCAACCACAAGGACACCUUCUUCCAGAACCCGCAGUACAUCUUUGAUGUCAAGAAGCCAGAAGAUGAAGUCCUGAUCUGCAUCCAGCAGCGGCCAAAGCGGUCCACGCGCUGGGAGGGCAAGGGUGAGAACCUGGCCAUUGGCUUUGACAUCUACAAGGUGGAGGAGAACCGCCAGUACCGCAUGCACAGCCUGCAGCACAAGGCCGCCAGCUCCAUUUACAUCAACUCACGCAGCGUCUUCCUGCGCACUGAUCAGCCCGAGGGCCGCUAUGUCAUCAUCCCCACCACCUUUGAGCCAGGCUACACUGGCGAGUUCCUGCUCCGAGUCUUCACUGAUGUGCCCUCCAAUUGCCGGGAACUGCGCCUGGAUGAGCCCCCACACACCUGCUGGAGCUCCCUCUGUGGCUACCCCCAGCUGGUGACCCAGGUACACGUCCUGGGGGCUGCUGGCCUCAAGGACUCCCCAACAGGGGCUAACUCUUACGUAAUCAUCAAGUGUGAGGGGGACAAAGUCCGCUCGGCCGUGCAGAAGGGCACCUCCACACCAGAGUACAAUGUGAAAGGCAUCUUCUACCGCAAGAAGCUGAGCCAGCCCAUCACUGUACAGGUCUGGAACCACCGAGUGCUAAAGGAUGAAUUUCUGGGCCAGGUGCACCUAAAGGCUGACCCAGACAACCUCCAGGCCCUGCAUACCCUCCACCUCCGGGACCGAAACAGCCGGCAGCCCAGCGACCUGCCAGGCACUGUGGCUGUGCACAUUCUCAGCAGCACCUCCCUCAUGGCUGUCUGACACCUGCCCAGCUGCCUGGCUCCAGCAGUUCCCACCACCAUCUGCAUGUCCCCAGUGGGCCUGGGUCUAGCCUGGGAGCCAGGACACUGGGGUCCUUUUCCCACUCUUCCACUGACUUGCUGUGUGACCUUAGGAAGUCUCUGCCCCUCUCUCAGCCUCAGUGUCCUGAGGGCCCCAAAGCAUUCCCUUCUCGUGGAGGAGCAUCCUUGCUGAGAUUUCAAAUAGUCCUCCCCACCUCAACUGUCACCACUGCUAAGGGACUCUAUCCGUUGAAAACAUUUUCCUAAGGCCCUGCUGUCUGCCGAGGAGUGCCAAGAAGAUGUCACUUGUUUACACACGAACUGCCACAUCCCCAAGCCCCAUUCUUGCUCCUUGUGUCUUAGGCCCAACCCAGCCUCCCAGACCUCACUUUCCCCACCAGCAAUACCUGGUGUUGUCCCACCUUGAAAGGACUCUUGGCUCCUGCCAGGUUCCUGCUCAGGCUGGAAUUGGGAAGAUAUGCAGGUGACAUUUGUUCAUUCUCUAAUCCUGUCCACUCACCCAUCCAUUUCCUCACUCAGUGGAGAUUUGCCAAAUGAAUAAAUGACACCUUGAGGCCCCAGGUGAAGCGGGGCCCUCCUCCGGCCUCUACCUUGGGCCUCGCCUCUGUCCUCAGGUCCUCUCAGAGGCAGAUACCCAGGGGAGCUGCAGCUGCCUGCUCGUUCUAGCUUCCGAUUCCAUUCCCAGCCCCUGGGUUCAGGUCCCUGGAGAGGUGGUAUCAGUAGGGGUGAGGAAGGGCAUCUUCCUGACUCCUCUGCCCCGUGCUGGAAGGAGCAUGCCUGGGUUCGUGGGCCAGAGGCCAGGCAGGUGGAGGGGCUUUGGAGACCAGAGGGGAGAGGUGCUCCCAGAGCCUCUCUGCUGUAAGACCCCAGCUUUUCCUGAAAGACAGGACUCUGGGGUGUGUGGUGCCAGGCCCACCAGAGUCAGGCCACCCACUGGGCUUGGCAGGAGAUAGGGAGCCCCAUCACCUGACCACAGCCCCCCACCAACAUUCCCCCAAAAUGCAGCCUAGGAGGCCACAGUGCUCUUCUUCCUGCCCGGACCAAAAUGUUCCUUUUAGUCCUCAAUGUUUUAUAUUAUUUUUGUGUUGAAAACCUCAAUUUUAAUCAGGGGUUUUAAAAGAAAAUUCAAAGUCUGAACCUCCAUUUUUCUUCUUGGCUCCAGUUUUGCUGGUCCUCUGGAGAACUCUUCGUAAGCGUUGGCGCCGUGACCCACUUGGGAUCUCUUCUGUGCGCGUCUCGGGCUUCCAGACCAGGUGUAGCAAAUGAAAAAGUGCAGUUAAUUCAAGAACAGGAAUUCCUGUGUCCUUGCUGGGAAUUCCUUUUGUGCGCUUCUCGGGCUUCCAGACCAGGUGUAGCAAAUGAAAAAGUGCAGUUAAUUCAAGAACAGGAAUUCCUGUGUCCUUGCUGGGAAUUCCUUUUGGGAACUUGACUUUUCGACUCCAGAUCCUGCUGUCUGGAUAGUGUGCUGGCUGGAGGUGCUGGAUUCUCUGACUUUGCCUCCUCACUCUGUGUCUGGCUCUGCUCCUGGGUCUUGGCCCUGGGCCAUAUGAGGGGCCAGAAAUGAACAACAAGGAGGACAAGAGCAUUCUUGAAAGCCGGGACUUCCCCUCAAGAACCUGGGCCUGGGGCCAGGACUCUGCAUGACUGGGAGCAAGUCACUUAAACCUCCUGUGCCUCAAUUUCCCCCUUCUACCAAGUAGGGCCAAUGAUUCUUGUGUGUCAGCACUCUUACUACCAAGUGCUGAGUAAGGGCAAAAUAAUACCCCUUUCUCUAUGUAUCUCUGUAUGUGCACACACUAGAUAUAUAUAUGUUCAUGUAAUCACCACUUCUCUAUGUCUAUUUCAAAUCAAGGCUCUUGAGUAGGAGAAGUGAGCCAGCUUGCACCUCGGGCUAACACAUGGGACUUUGCUCAGCCAUGUCCCCUGGGAUACAGGGGUACACCAGGACCAAGUGGCAGACCUGUGGGCUUCAGCCUCGGGGCCAGGCCAUGCCUGCCACCCCCUGACAGAACAGGUUCCACAGUGCUGCCCUUGCUUCCUGCCCCUUGAGGUGGGCCAGGCUGGCUCGCGGCUAUUGCAGGGAUCUCUGGUCCCCAGGAGACCUUGGGGGCCAGGCAGGUAAGGAUCAGGGGAGGUAGGGGAGAGCAAUUACUUUGUUCACUGUAUGCACCCAUGGGGGCCUGGGAGUCCCCAUUUGCAGGUGGGUGGGGUCUCCAGCCCACACUACCCAGACCUGGGCUUCCCUCUUCUCAGGAUCCACCACACGGUUGGGGGACAAGAAGCCUGUUCUAUUCUCAGUAAAUCUUAUCACAAUUCCAAAAA